AUGAUCAUAGUCAAGUUCGAAUGUUGUAUUUCAAACGAAGAAUGGUCGUAUCUUCAGAAUGUGCAAUUGGGUGGUUUGACCUCACAUCCUCAAGCGAAUAUAGCUGCGACAUCACCUCAAGCCACCGCGCAACUCCAACCACAACCACAACAUCCACACAUCGGAUUCCCGUCUUCUGCUUAUGCGUUCUCUUACAACACUGAUCCAUAUCUUAACGCUCAACAGGUCUCAAUUUUUUUCAUACCGAAUGUAACCUUAUUAUCCAGAAUGAAUGGUGGUCGUACGAUAUCAUUCGCAUAUCAUUUUGUCACGCUACAGCAAUAUGGUAUAUCGAGUGCGCCAAAUGUACACUUUCGUGAUCAUCAGCCCACUGAGAUUACUCGAAUUUCGCAUUAUCCUCAGCAACCGGUAGGUUUCAAUCGCCUUCAUUUUCCUUUUCAAGAACUUAGCAGUAAUAUUUUGACAUAUAUAACGAGCAGUCGGGAAUAUGUUAUGAUCGCCGGUCGGCCUCAACAAGUUUUCGUUCAGCAUUUGAAUCAACAACCCCUUCAACACCACCAUCAAACCAUCAUACCCAAUCAACAACUUCUCAUUUCUGAAUCUAUUAGUGAUGGCGUAUCUAUUUUUCAUGAAUUGAGUAUUCCUUCAUCUGAGCAGUCGAAUGUUGGUGAGCAAUGUGGAGUUAUAAGAAAAGCGAUAAGUUCUCGCCAGAAAACGUCAAUAAAUGCUUCGUCAUGUUCACUGAAUAACCAGCUGGUACAUCAGAACCAGACUCCGCACACUGUCAACUUUCUCGAAGUAUUUUGCUCGGUUCCCGGUCGACUGAGUCUGUUGAGUAGUGCAGCAAAAUACAAAGUAACCGUUGGUGAAAUCAAUAGACGCUUAUCACCACCGGAAUGCUUGAAUGCAUCAGUUCUUGGCGGUAUUCUUCGAAGAGCAAAAUCAAAAGAUGGUGGAAAAUCGUUGAGGGAUCAACUGAAACGAGUUGGUUUGCAGCUGCCGGCUGGUAGGCGGAAGGCAACAAAUGUAAAUUCGUUAACUGCGCUCGUCGAAUUCGAAGCGAUGCAUCUAGCAAAGGAUUUCAACGCGGUAUGUGAGAAUGAAUUUCCCGCACGUGCAGUGGCCGAGUACUUGACUCGAACGAACUGUUCUAUGGAAGCUGUUGAGAUGCAACGUCGUAAGAAUAUGAUUUUGGCUACAAAAGCGAUGCUCAACGAACUCAAGGAACUGCUCAGUAAUGAUCGCAGUCCGCUGUGCUCCUCAAGACCACCUCCUGUACUCGAACCAUCCAUUCAGAGUCGACUCACGCACUUCUCAAUGGUCACUCAUGGCUUUGGAUCACCGGCCGUUAUGGCAGCCAUUAAUGCCAUUAUGAGUUGGUUGAACGAGUCCGUUAAACUUCUUGAUAGUAAAUAA